AUGACAACUCUUGGUAGUGAUUUUCCUCCCUUGCCGGGGACUGGUUCCUCCGCCACUCGGUCUCUGUCGAAUUCUGCUGUUGCUACGCCACUCUCAUCCUCGACGACUGUUGGUUUGACCACCUCUGAACUUCCUCGGGAUUUUCUUCCCACUUCGACUGAUUUUCGGCUCACCGCUGCUAGUGAUUGGCCUACUUGGAGUGCCACGGUUCGUAAUGCUCUGUUUGGCCGUGGGCUCUUAUCUUAUCUCACGGAUGGUCCACCCGUUGACUGUUCUGAUGAUGUUUUAGCUGCUUGGAGUCUUCGGACUAAUCGAGUCUCCAGUUAUCUCAUUGAGUCUCUCAACCCGGCUCUUCGACCUGAUCUGGUUACUCAAUCUGCCCAUGUGGUUUGGAAGUCUCUUACUGCUCGUUUUGUUGAGCGUAGUGGGGCUCGUCAGUAUUCUCUUCUUACUCAGGCUGCUGCUGCUCGUCAGGAUGAUAGGUCUAUUCAGCAGUUCUAUCAGCACAUGCAUGGUUUUUGGCGUGAGUUGGAGGCCUUUCUCCCUGCUGGCAGUCAUAUUGCUACUCAUGUGGCCUUUUGGGAUAUGCGUCAUAUGUAUGAGUUUUUGAUGGCUCUCCGCCCUGAGUUUGGUUCUCUGGUUGGUCAGCUUAUACAUCGUGACCCCUCUCCCAGUCUUGAGACUGCAGUUGCUGAGUUAGUUACAGAGGAGACUCGUCUGCGCCUGCUAGGUGGUGUUAGGCCACCUCCCGCACCCUCUAGUUUCUCUGGUGUUCUUGCUGCGGCACCCUCUGGUAUUUCCACAGCUCCUUCACCUUCAUCUGGUCGUCCUACUUGCACUAAUUGCCUGCGGCCAGGUCAUACUUUGGAUGACUGUUGGAAGCUUCACCCCGAGCGUCGUGUUGGACCUCGAGGUCGUGGUCGCCGUGCCUCCACUCCUAUUGCUGCGGUUGUUACUCCUGCACUUCCUUCUCCUGCUUCUGCUAUGUCUCCUAUUGAUAUUCAGCAGUUUCAGCAGUUCCAACAGUUCCAGCAGUAUCAGCAGCGUCUUGAGCAGAUGACUGCUUCCACCAGCACUGGUAGCACUCCUGCAUCCUCUACUUUCUCAGCCACUGGUAUGUCUAGUACUUGGAUUUUUGACUCGGGGGCCUCUCAUCAUAUGACCUCUGAUGCCUCCCUGUUAACUGAUUGUAGUCCCGCACCUCCUAUUCCCUCUAUUUACACUGCUGAUGUUGGUGGUAUAUGUGAUUUUGGCUAUGAUGUUUUAUUCACACCCUCUUCUUGUCGUGUGCAGGAUCCGUCUACCAGCCGGAUGAUUGGCAGUGGUCGUAGAGUGGGUGGUCUCUAUCAUCUCCAGUCUCUCCACCUUCCCUCCUCGCAUCCCAGUUUUUGUGGUCUUGCCUCUCCUACUCCUGAUAUCUGGCAUAGACGAUUAGGUCAUAUUUCUGAGUCGCGAUUGAAGAGUCUUUCCCUGUCUGGAGCUCUCGGUCGUAGUUCUUUUUCUGCUUUGAGUCCUUCAUCGCUCUGA